AUGGCCGAAGAAAGUACACCUGUACCUGCAACAUCUGUUACAAAUGAGGCCGUGACCCUUGUUACUCCUGCUGUUGAAGUUGAAAAAGUCUCGGUUACUGACGUUGCUCCCAGGGAGGAAAUCAGAGAAGAAGAAGUCGAGCAUAAAGUUUUUGUAGGAAAUUUGGCUUUCUCAACAAAUGAACAAGCAUUAGCCGAAUUUUUCAAUCAAACUGGCAGAGUUGUCAAGGCCAACAUCAUUACUCGUGGCUCACGCUCUUUAGGAUAUGGUUUCGUUGCUCUUGAAACCGAAGAAGACGCAAAGAAUGUUGUCGAACAAUUAAAUAAGCAAGAAUUAGAUGGCCGUCAAAUCAAUGUGGAAGUUGCCAAACCCAAAAAUGAGAGUUCUGCUGCCACUCAUCAUAAUCGUCGUGAAGUUAGCGGCGAAAAUAAUGUCGAAAUUAAUGAUUCUACAGCGGUUACUGACGUCCCAGCUACAAAUGGUACCAGCGAAAACGACAACGCACCACCUAAAAGACGUGGCAGUUAUUUAAAGACUGGAGAGCCAUCCAAGACGGUUGUAUUUGUUGCAAAUCUCCCAUUUGCCAUCAAUGAUGAUGGUUUGAAAGAUAUCUUCAAAGAUUAUAAUGUAGCUUCUGCUCACGUUGUUUACCGUCGCGGUGGACGUUCAAAGGGUUUUGGUUUCGUAGAAUUGGCUGAUGAAGAAGAACAAAAGAAAGCUCUUGAAGGAUUAAAAGAUGUUGAAUCAGAAGGUAGAGUAAAUUGA